CGACCAUCGGCAAUCGCCAUCUUCCCUGCUGGUUUCUCAUUAGAUUGUUAGAUGAGCGGCGCAUUAGGUUACCCAUCCGCCUCCGUCAGCGUCGGCGGCAGCGGCGGCGGAGAAGGAGCUGGAGGACCUGCGCCUUUCUUGGUCAAGACGUACGAGAUGGUAGACGAUUCGUCGACGGACCAGAUUGUAUCGUGGAGCUCCACCAACAACAGCUUCAUCGUCUGGAAUCACGCAGAAUUCUCACGCCUCCUUCUCCCAAAAUAUUUCAAACACAAUAACUUCUCAUCCUUCAUCCGUCAGCUCAAUACCUAUGGAUUUCGGAAGAUUGAUCCAGAGAGGUGGGAAUUUUCCAAUGAUGAUUUCAUCAAAGAUCAGAAGCAUCUUCUCAAGAACAUACACAGGAGGAAACCUAUACACAGCCACACUCACCCACCUGCUUCUUCGUCGGUAGAUCAAGAGAGAGCGACGCUGCAAGAGCAAAUGGACAAGCUUUCACGCGAGAAAGCAGCCAUCGAAGCUAAGCUUCUAAAGUUCAAGCAUCAGAAGUCCACGGCGAAGCAUCAGUUACAUGAGAUGACUGAGCAUGUCGACGAUAUGGAGAAGAGGCAGAAGAAGCUGCUUGAUUUCUUGGAAACGGCGAUUCGGAAUCCAAUUUUUAUCAAGAAUUUCGGCCGUAAAAUCGAGGAAUUAGAUGUUUCUGCUUACAACAAGAAGCGGAGGCUACCUCAAGUUCAGCAAUCAAAGCCACCUUCAGAAGAUUCUCAUUUGGAUAAUAGCAGUGGUAGCUCCAAACCUGAGUCCGGAAACAUUUUCCAUCAGAGUUUCUCGAAUAAGCUCCGGUUAGAGCUUUCUCCAGCUGUUUCAGAUAUGAACAUGGUUUCACACAGUAUACAAAGCUCCAAUGAAGAAGGAGUGAGUCCCAAGGGAAUACUCUCUGGUGGUGAUCCAAAAGCUACACAAAUAAGAAGAGAAGGCUUACCAUUUGCACCUGAAGCACUAGAGCUUGCGGAUACGGGUUCAUGCCCGAGGAGAUUACUGUUGAACGACAAUACAAGAACGGAGACCUUGCUAACUUCUUCAGAGGAGACUGAUGGUAGCUUUUCAUGUCAUUUGAAUCUAACCCUGGCUUCUGCUCCAUUACCGGACAAGACAGCUUCGCAGAUAGCUAAGACUGCUCAUAAAAGCCAGGAGAUUGGUAGAUGUACCGAGAUAAACUUCAAAUCGAUAGAAACAAGUGUAAGCGAGAAAAACCAGGGUAAACAAGAAGAAGCUGUACCUGGAGGUAAACAAGCGAAUGCAGCUCCUCCAGCUAGAGUGAAUGAUGUAUUCUGGGAGCACUUCUUAACAGAGAGGCCAGGACCUUUAGAUAAUGAGGAGGCGAGCUCAACUUAUAGAGGAAACCCAUACGAAGAGCAAGAGGAGAGAAGAAACGGGAAUAUGAUGUCCCGUAAUACAACGAAUAUCGAGCAGCUGACCUUAUAAAGUAAAUUCAAAUGGUUACAUCAACGAGUAUGGUUCGUGGUUUUGGUAUAUGUAUCGCUGAGUAAGUAAUGAAACCGUAAGUAACCUUGUUGUUGUAAACUGUUGCGUCUCUCACAUGUUUUUGUUUUUACACUUGUAAUUUACUGUAAAUUUAAGUGCAUAGAAUUUAAAUUGAA